AUGGCACUUUCCAAUUUGUCCAACUACUUGGAUGAUGUUGAUAACUACAGUGACUACCCAGAUUACACCUAUGAGGAGACCAGCAGCGUGUGGACAGACCCAUCCCACGACCCAAAGGACAUUGCAAGGAUCCUCUCUGUCAUCAUCUACAGCGUGUCCUGCGUAUUGGGCAUCCUGGGGAACGGCCUUGUCAUUGCAAUCAUAACUCUGAAGAUGAAGAAGUCAGUCAAUGCCAUCUGGUUCCUCAACCUGGCCGUCGCUGACUUCCUCUUCAACAUCUUCCUGCCCAUAAACAUUGCUUACACCGCCAUGAGGUACAACUGGAUCUUCGGGACAGUCAUGUGCAAGCUCAACUCCUUCCUCCUCAUCCUGAACAUGUACACCAGCGUCCUUCUGCUCACCACCAUCAGCUUUGAUCGCUACGUGUCAGUGGUCUUCCCCGUCUGGUCUCAAAACCAUCGGUCGACCAACUUAGCCUAUUUAGUUUGCUUGAUCAUCUGGACCAUCGGCAUCAUUAUGAGCUGCCCAUCUCUUGUCUUCCGAGACACUGCGCAAGCCCAUAACUCCGUGAUCUGUUUCAGCAACUUUUCCCUCUCCAGGAAUAGGUCUUACCAAGCCCUGGCGCUGAUGAGGCACCGAACGGUGAACAUCACCAGGUUCCUCGCAGGCUACGUCCUCCCCAUAACCAUCAUCACGUUCUGCUACAUCGCCAUCGUCUUCAAUCUGCGUCGGAACCGCCUCGCCAAGUCCAAAAAGCCCUUCAAGAUCAUCGUCACCAUUAUAGUCACCUUCUUCCUUUGCUGGAGUCCCUACCACACAGAGCCCGACAUGGUCCCGCGCUCCGUGUUCGAGAUCAGCAUCCCCAUAACCACGGCGCUCGCUGCCUCCAACAGCUGCAUGAACCCGGUCCUCUACGUCUUCAUGGGCCAGGACUUCAAGAAGUUUAAGGUCACCAUCCUUUCCAGGCUGGUGAAUGCCCUCAGCGAGGAGACAGGACACUCCAGCAUCGUCCACAGGAGCUUCUCCAAGAUGUCCUCAAUGACUGAGAAGGAGACAACAGUCCUCUAA